AUGGACUCCCAGAUCCGCCAGAACUACCACCGUGACUGCGAAGCCGCCGUCAACCGCAUGGCCAACAUGGAGCUUCACGCUUCCUACAUCUAUCUCUCUAUGGGGUUUUACUUCGAGAGAGACGAUGUGGCCCUGCCGCGSCUGGCCCGGUUUUUCCUGGAGCAGUCGCGGGAGGAGCGGGAACACGCCGAGGGGCUCCUGCGCUUCCAGACGCGCCGCGGCGGCCGCGUUCUGCUGCAGGACAUCAAGAAGCCGGAGCGGGAUGSCUGGGGAUCGGCGCUGGAGGCGCUGGAAGCGGCGCUGCAGCUGGAGAAAUCGGUGAACCAGGCGCUGCUGGAGCUGCACGGCCUGGCUGCCGAGAAGAGCGACCCCCACCUUUGUGACUUCCUGGAGUCCCACUACCUGGACGAGCAGGUGAAGGCCAUCAAGGCACUGGGGGACCAUGCCACCAACCUGCGACGCCUCGUCGGGGGGGCCACCGGACCCGGGGGGGGCCCAGCCGGGCUCGGCGAGUACCUGUUCGACCGUCUAAGCUUGGAGGAGUGCAGCUGAACCUGCCCAUCACAUUUGCCUCCAUCGGGAGCCCCCAGGACCCCCUGCUGGGCCCCCCAGAGCCUUGUAACUUCCCCCGCCCCAUCCAAGGUGGCUGUGCCUGCUGGGCCCCCUCCAGCACGAUUCCAAUAAAGGAUCUGCCUUUGC